CUAAUUUGAAUCACUCUCUUGAAGGUAGUGGUGACAUACCACAGAAUAUUCCAGUAAGAAGUACAGCCAGUCUAGAUGAGUUAACAUCACAAAAAAACAAUUCGUUUGGAAAUGACACAGUACCAACGCCUUCUUGGAUCAGCAAUCCAAACUCUGGAAUUGGAACAAUGCCAUUGCUUGCAACAACAACAAGCAAUAGUGAUGCUAGUGCCGCAAAUCCAGGUCCGGUCAAGAAAAAGAGCUUGUUUGCCAUGCGAAUGGAAAAGUCUCGUAACAUUGAGAAAAUUGCAGAAUCGCCCAUAGCAAAGGGUGACAUGUCAAAAAGUCAAAGUAAAUUUGGAGAACACAGCUACAUUGUUUCUGGCAAAGAGGCUGCAGAAAUUCAUAAACAGAAUGUAGCACAGCUAGAAAAGUUAUCUGUUCAGGAAAUUGAAGAAGAGAGGCAGAAACUCAUGUCACAACUAGGAUCAAGCACGAUUAAAUUUCUUCAAGAAAGGAGAAGAGCAAAUCAGAACUUGGUUUCUGACACUGAUCACAUUAAAUUAGCUAAGAGCAUUGCUAUGAAAUCAACCUCACAAACUGCUAUCAAAUUAUCAGUUCAUGAUGAUACUGCGUCACCAUCCUCUGAGCCACAGACAAAUUUCACAAAGCAAACUGCAAAAGCAGGUGAAAGAAAAAAGGUAUUCUCAAACUCUCUUACCUCUCAACAAAAUAAGAGUGAUACAAAGCCAGAAGAGGAAGAUUUACUAGCUACUCUACCCAUAAAUCCAAAUGAAGCCAAACAAUGGCUGCACAUGGAUGUUUUGGAAAAAGAUAAGUUUGAAUGGAUGAGAGAUCUACCACCUGUCAAAGCAGAUCCUGGACCUGAGGAGCCAUAUUCUGCACGAUUUGAUUUUGAAGGUUUACUUUUACCAUACAAUGAUGAAAAGUUGGAUGUUAAUAGAGGUUUACACCACCAUGGAGAUGAGCCUGAAAGGCCUGGAUAUACGCUUCAAGAGUUAAUGCAGUUAAGUCGAAGUUCUGUUCAACAGCAGCGUAUAAUGGGUCUUAACACUAUAGGCAAUAUUCUUCUUAAGGCCAAACUUGGAAUCUAUGACAAUGUUCUCCAACAAAAUAUUCUAAAAGAAUUACUAGAUGCAGGAAUAUUCCUUUUACUUCGCUUUUCAAUGGAUGACUUAAGUCCUGCUGUUGUUUUCACCGCAUUAUCAGCAAUGAGAAAUCUGUUGUUUAGUGAGCCUGAUGAG